AUGGAUGCGUCACAUCAGUUCGCGGCCGAUGUCGCCUCUGCGGUAUUUGAGAACCUGCAAGAGCAGCACCAAUGGGCCUCGCUGCAAAUCCAUCGCCUCCCAGGCCUGUCGCGGCCAAUGAUCCGCGGCCUCCCGCCACGCCUUCUGUAUCUCCACCCCGACGACCAGAUAGCAGCGCUUGCAUAUGAAAAGUCAACAGGGACAAGGGCGCAGCACGACGCCGAGUACGAAUGGGUGCUGGCCGUCCAUCUCGCCGAGAAGUGGACGCUGUCCAGCCUCGCCGCCGUCAUGGACGCCCUUCCGGAGGCUCGCAAGCGGGCGAAGCGCAUUGUCCUCGCUGCGCUGCACAAUGACUCUACCGUCGUUUACUACAUCGUGCAGGAGGGCAUGAUCAAGCCUCGACAGAACUAGAGGGAGAAGCGAGAUCGGUUCGAAUCUUGUGCCUAUGCUUACGAUGGCCGGCAAGGCUGUCGAGCGAUCAGGGGCAGGGCAAUUCUAUCGGGCCGUUUGGCGUCAAGGAGUUGGCAAUCCAGGACGGAAUCACGGAACGCACUCGCCUUUGUUUUUUUUUUAUACAGGCUAUGAUACCCAUCGAAUUGGUAGUUAUGAUCAAUGAAUAAGGCUUUUCAUUUCGACUCAUUUGCUGCUUGUCAAGGGCACAUGAGCCAUAGUCUAUAUCCCUCCGCUUGGUCGCAUCUACAACCGAUCUAGCAAACCGGGGAUUGGACUGCCAUUUCAAAGAAAGCUUCAUACAGAAGAACAAUUCCGACAUAUAUAGACCACCAAAUCCGCCAAAGGAAAAACAAUGAGAU